AUGGCCAACAUCACCAAGAAAGUGUCGUGGUCGAGCCGAGCGGACGAGUCUGCGUCGUCUGCGUCCACGGGGGUCGGGGAGGGUACACCGCUGCUGAACGGCUCUGAGGGGCCCCGCUUCUCCAGACAGCACGCUGGAGAGGGCAGUGUAUUUCAGAUAGGCAGACUAACCACGGUGGAGUUGGAGGAGAAAAUGACAGCAGAUGAGGAUUUGAUUCGCGCUCAAACACGAGAAAUCCCACACAAUGAGAAGCUUCUGUCACUUAAAUAUGAAGGUCUGGACUAUGAUAACAUUGAGAAUCAAUUGUUUCUUGAGGAGGAGAGACGGAUGAGUCACAUGGGUUUCCAGUGUCUGGAGAUCAGUCGUUGGGUGGUGUGUGGUCUCAUCGGCUUCCUGACCGGGCUCAUUGCCUGUUUUAUAGAUAUUGCAGUGGAAAACCUUGCAGGCCUCAAAUAUGAGGUCAUCAAAAGAAAUAUUGAAAACUUCACAGAGACAGGCGGGCUUUCUAUUUCGCUUAUCCUCUGGGGUGGUUUUAAUGCUGCUGUGGUCAUGAUGGGCUCCAUCCUUGUUGCAUUCUUUGAGCCCAUUGCUGGAGGUAGUGGGAUACCUCAGAUUAAAUGUUACCUGAACGGAGUAAAGAUUCCGCGAGUGGUGCGGCUCAAGACUCUGAUUGUUAAAGUUGUUGGGGUCAUAUGCUCGGUCGUUGGUGGUCUUGCUGUGGGAAAGGAAGGCCCCAUGAUUCACUCGGGGGCAGUUGUUGCAGCCGGGGUUUCUCAAGGCCGAAGCACGUCCUUAAAGAAAGAUUUUAAAAUGUUUGAGUACUUCCGCCGUGACACAGAAAAGAGGGACUUUGUAUCCGCCGGAGCUGCAGCCGGUGUCUCUGCGGCCUUUGGAGCCCCCGUUGGUGGAGUGCUUUUUUCUCUGGAGGAAGGAGCAUCAUUCUGGAACCAGAUGUUAACAUGGAGGAUAUUCUUUGCAUCAAUGGUUUCAACAUUUACUCUGAAUUUCUUCCUGAGUGUUUAUAAUAAGAAAACCGGAGAUCUCUCCAAUCCUGGUCUGAUCAACUUCGGUCGCUUUGAAAGUGAGAGUGUGGAAUACUACUUCUACGAGAUCCCCUUAUUCAUCGCAAUGGGCGCUUUAGGAGGAUUGCUUGGAGCUUUGUUCAAUGUUCUGAACUACUGGUUGACUAUCUUUAGGAUCAGGUAUGUUCAUCGACCCUGUUUACAAGUGAUGGAGGCGAUGUUGGUGGCUGCAGUCACAGCCACAGUUUCAUUCACAAUGAUUUACUUCUCUAAUGACUGUCAGCCACUGGCUCCUGAGAACAACGAAGAGUACCCCCUACAGUUAUUCUGUUCCGAUGGCGAGUACAACGCCAUGGCCACAGCUUUCUUCAACACUCCUGAGAGAAGUGUGCGCAGUCUGUUCCACAAUCAACCAGGCUCAUACAACCCUCUGACCCUUGGCCUGUUCACUCUGACUUACUUCUUCUUGGCCUGUUGGACCUACGGCCUAGCUGUGUCCGCUGGGGUCUUUAUCCCCUCGCUGCUCAUAGGGGCUGCUUGGGGGAGGCUGUGUGGAAUCCUGCUGGCAUCAUUCUCCUCCAAUAGCUCGUUGUGGGCUGACCCUGGUAAAUACGCUCUGAUUGGAGCUGCAGCUCAGCUAGGUGGAAUUGUGAGAAUGACCUUGAGUUUAACUGUCAUCAUGGUGGAGGCGACAGGAAAUGUCACAUACGGCCUGCCCAUCAUGCUAGUGCUAAUGACAGCGAAGAUUGUUGGAGACUACUUUAUUGAAGGUCUUUAUGACAUCCACAUCAAGCUCCAGAGUGUUCCCUUCCUGCACUGGGAGGCUCCUGCCACCUCACACUGGCUCACGGCCAGAGAAGUGAUGAGUUCUCCUGUGACCUGUUUAAAUCGCAUAGAGAAUGUUGGCACAAUCGUGGACACGCUGAGCAACACCUCCACCAAUCACAACGGCUUCCCAGUGGUGGCACACACCCUGGGGAACGAUGAGCCAGGGAAACUGUGCGGCCUCAUUCUUCGCUCCCAGCUCAUUGUUCUCCUAAAGCACAAGGUGUUUGUGGAACUGGCUCGCUCUCGCCUGACGCACAGGAAACUCCAGCUGAAGGACUUCCGAGAUGCUUACCCGCGCUUCCCCCCGAUACAGAGCAUCCACGUGUCGCAGGACGAGAGGGAGUGUAUGAUGGACCUCACCGAGUUUAUGAACCCCACCCCAUACACGGUCCCACAGGAUACAUCUUUGCCUCGUGUCUUCAAGCUGUUCAGAGCUCUGGGACUCAGGCACUUGGUGGUUGUGGAUAAUGAGAACCGGGUGGUCGGCCUGGUGACGAGGAAAGACUUGGCCCGUUAUCACAUGGGAAAACACGGGCUGGAGGAGCUGCAACUGGCUCAAACAUAG